AUGUUGUUAAGAUCUAGAUUUUUGAAAGCUAUCCAUGUCAGGAAACAAUUGGGAGUUUGUUCAAGAUUUGCAAUCCAGACACAAACGAGAUACAAGAGUACAGAUGCUUCAGAAGAUGAAGUGAAACAUUUCCAGGAGCUAGCCCCUACUUGGUGGGACACAGACGGAUCGCAAAGAAUUUUACACAAAAUGAAUCUAGCGAGGUUAGAUUUUGUGCAGAGAACGCUAAGGAACCAGGUCAAAAUUCAGAAUCCUGAAAUAUUUGUUCCUGGAUUCAAUUACAAGGAGUUUUUACCGGAAUAUGUCUGCGAGAAUAUUCAGCGGGAAAUGCAGGAGAGCAUAGAGACUAGUCUAGAUAAUAGGCCAGAAAUGAGCGUCUUAGACGUCGGAUGCGGUGGCGGAAUCUUGAGUGAAUCGCUUGCGAGACUAAAGUGGGUGAAGAAUGUCCAAGGGAUUGAUCUGACUCGUGAGUGUAUCAUGGUUGCAAAAGAGCAUGCCAAAAAAGAUCCCAUGCUGGAGGGAAAAAUAAAUUAUGAAUGCAAGGCUUUGGAGGAUGUUACUGGACAAUUUGAUAUUAUCACAUGCAUGGAAAUGCUUGAGCACGUGGAUGUACCCAGUGAAAUUUUAAGGCAUUGUUGGGCGAGAUUGAACCCUGACAAGGGAAUACUCUUUUUAAGCACCAUCAACAGAGAUCUCAUCUCGUGGUUUACUACAAUUUUCAUGGGGGAAAACGUCUUGAAGGUUGUCCCGAAGGGAACUCAUCAUUUGAGCAAAUACAUAAACUCGAAAGAAAUCAUCGCCUGGUUCAAUGAUAACUACAGUGGCCAAUUCCGCUUACUGGACCUGAAGGGGACCAUGUAUCUCCCAUUGCAAGGGUGGGUUGAGCACGAUUGUUCCGAUGUCGGUAAUUACUUUAUGGCAAUUCAGAGACUAACCUGA